AUGGGCCCCCUCUGCUUCCUCCUCCUCAUCAACGACGCGAUGCUGGACACUCCAUCUCGAUGGAAGUAUGUGGAUGAUUGUGGCCUCCUACAGGCGGCACCUCCCCCAACACCUGAAGGCGACGCAAUCCAACCAGGCUCGAGUCCAUCCCCAGCCUCCAAGGCAUGCCCGGCUACAACACCGUCACCAGACACCACCGGGCUGGACAAGGUGGUGAAGCGGACCUGA